CUACAAAUUCGGAAACAGAUAACCUAUCCCCAGUUUACGGUAUGCCAUAUGACUGUAUGAAAUCGAUCCAUAUUCGAAAUGAUCGCUGCAUUCGUCGUCUCUAAAGUAAAGAGAUCAGUGCACUGCAUUCGAUUGUUUCGGCAGGAUGGAGCUUUCAAGAGAGCAAUUCGGGCGAACAAACAACGACGACGGUGACGGCAUCAACAAAUUACACGACAAAGAGAGCGCCGGGGCCGGCGAAGAGCCAACCGUUUGGCACGAUUUGGAGCAGCUGAUCAAGGGGGGUCGGGUGUCCCAACUGGCCUGGCUGGCGUUGAUUGGAUUGACCUUAGUGCUGUUGAUCUUUCUGGUCACCGGUUUCCUGCUGGCAACGGCGGUUCUAAUGACAACGUUCUACUUCUUCAUUAACGAGCACCACCAUCAGCAAUUGAUGAUGCACCGAGCCGAUAUGCCGCCGUUUCUGCCCGGAAUGGAGUUCAGCAGCUGACGACCAAAUUCGAGAACUCGGCCUAAUAUGACGAUUCUAUGUAUGUUCGGAGAGGUACGUGUGUGCGACGCGUAAUUGCAUUUUGUUUUGACGAUAUACGAGCGUGCGUGUGAGACAAUAAAAACCAUAGACGACCCAAGUCAGGAAAUUUGUGAUUAAAAUUAUAAAACUGUUUUUCGAGCGACGGCGACGGCUUAUGGAUGGGUACUCCGUGUCGCCGUCCACCGGUUGGAGUGACGAUGGCGAAAGAAUCGGGUUCCGCAACGCCACCUACGCGUUACUUUGGAAAUUGUAGUAGAAUCACUUAUGUAUUGCUUCUACAUCUCGGUCGUUUAGUAGGUCCACGCCACGUUAUGAACAAUUUGUCGGUUAAUUGAAUGAUGAGAACAGCCCAGCAAUCGUGUGGAUGUCCGUCCACCCACCGUAUGCUCCUCUCUAUGACUCUCGCACCCACCACAAGGGCUUUUAAUUAGACCAUCGCUAAGGCUAAGGCGGAAAAUCUAAUCCAAUCUGUGACAUUGUGAUGAUCUGUGAACUGCUUCGAGGAAAUAAACGCAGGAUGGAACAACAUUUCCAGGAAACCAUUGCAUCUUAUUAUAGCAGAUUGCAAAAGGUGAAGAGAGUUAAAAAUGGUUUAAUUUCUUCGUCCGGUGUGUUGGCGUGUUUAUCGAUCGCCACGGGUGGUUAAUUUGCACGGAACCCCUGAGAUGUUUGAUGAUGAUGACACUUUUUUUUAUAUUACUAGGUAAAUAAAUAGUCGUUUUUUCUGUUUUUUUUUUAAGAUUACUUUACAAAUAUUGCAUCUAAUAAGAUUAGAAGCAAUUUUAAACAAUAA